UUACUCACUACAUGUAAUUUGAUUUCGUCUACAAAGUACCAAAACGCAAAAAAGGUUCUAACUUUUGCUUCUUCUUCGCAUUCACUCAAACCAAACUAGAAGACGGAAUCCGGCCAAGUCACUUCCGCAAUCCUUUCGAAUUUAGAUUUUAGGGUUACUUUGUCGGAGAUUGUUAAUUUGGAGUAUCUGGAGAUUGGCAACAAUGUCUGAACUCAAAGAGCGUUUGCUUCCUCCAAGACCUGCUUCGGCUAUUAACCUUAGAGGUGAUGCAGGCUCUCGUCCUUCUCCUUCAGGGAGACAACCACUCCUUGGAGUUGAUGUUUUGGGUCUCAAGAAGCGUGGACAAGGCCUUAAGUCGUGGAUUCGUGUUGAUACUUCUGCCAAUUCUCAGGUCAUUGAGGUUGAUAAGUUCACUAUGAUGCGUAGAUGUGAUUUACCAGCACGGGAUUUAAGGCUGCUUGAUCCUUUGUUUGUGUAUCCGUCAACUAUUCUUGGUAGAGAGAAGGCUAUUGUUGUUAACUUAGAGCAGAUCCGUUGUAUUAUUACUGCGGAUGAGGUUUUGCUCUUGAAUUCCCUUGACAACUAUGUGCUUCGCUAUGUUGUUGAGCUGCAGCAGAGACUAAAGGCAAGUUCUGUUACUGAGGUUUGGAAUCAGGACAGUCUCGAAUUGAGCAGGAGGAGGAGUAGGAGUUUAGACAAUGUGCUUCAGAACUCAUCCCCUGAUUAUUUACCUUUCGAGUUCAGGGCUCUUGAAGUUGCACUUGAAGCUGCUUGUACCUUCCUUGAUUCCCAGGCUUCAGAGUUAGAGAUUGAGGCAUACCCAUUAUUGGAUGAGCUUACCUCAAAGAUCAGUACUCUAAACUUGGAGCGUGCUCGUAGACUAAAGAGCAGACUUGUAGCAUUGACGAGACGAGUUCAGAAGGUUCGGGAUGAGAUUGAACAGCUAAUGGACGAUGAUGGGGAUAUGGCAGAAAUGUAUCUAACAGAGAAGAAGAAGAGAAUGGAAGGAUCUUUAUAUGGUGAUCAAUCUUUACCUGUUUAUCGAACAAAUGAUUGUUUUUCUCUGUCUGCGCCAGUUUCUCCUGUUUCUUCUCCUCCUGAGUCCCGUAGACUUGAGAAAAGCUUGAGCAUUGUAAGGAGCCGGCAUGACAGUGCUAGGAGCUCAGAAGACGCAACCGAGAAUAUAGAGGAGCUAGAGAUGUUGCUGGAAGCAUACUUUGUUGUCAUUGACAGCACUCUCAACAAGCUAACCUCGUUAAAGGAGUACAUCGAUGAUACCGAAGAUUUCAUCAACAUUCAAUUGGAUAACGUACGGAAUCAGCUGAUCCAAUUCGAGCUGCUGCUAACUACUGCCACAUUCGUUGUAGCCAUCUUCGGGGUUGUAGCCGGGAUCUUUGGGAUGAAUUUUGAGAUAGACUUCUUUGAAAAGCCUGGUGCUUUCAAAUGGGUUUUAGCCAUUACUGGAGUGUGUGGCCUUGUUGUAUUUUUGGCAUUCCUCUGGUACUACAAACGUAGAAGACUCAUGCCUCUGUGAAGACAUAACUACCCUGACACGUAGACGAUUGUUUUACUGUUUAUGUUGCUUAAAUCUAUACAUUAAUCGCCUGUGACCUUUACAAGAUAAAACCCCGUGUAUUUUUUUUUUGGGUUACUGAAAGAUUAUUAAGCAAACC